CGAUGCAAUGUGGGUGAAUUUACAAAUAGGAACGUGUUUUUCUCUGAAACAGGUACCCGAUCGGUCAUGUAUUUGUGUAGCAAAGUUAGUCUCAUCUUAGUUUAAUUAUUUUCCCACCUGUAUUCCGACAAAGCCCACCUCCUGCGCCAGGAUUGGAUAGUGGGUUGUAGUGGCAAGCAGCCCACCGAUUGUGCAGGUUACGCUAAACAUUAACCAAUCCUCGCGCAGAAGGCGGGGUUCUAAGGGGUCUAUCCAAUCAGUGUGUAGGAGGCAGGAUUUGAUCUAAUGCGGGUGGGAGAAAAAGAUAACGCAUCUAGGCUACAUUUGUAAGCAGAGCGAAAAGGAAAGAGGACUCGUCCAUAUUAUAGCUGCUGUUUCAGUGGUUUCCGUGGUGAUGGACCCUCCCGGCGGGCGAGACGAGCGUCGCCGUCAGGCCGAGCGUCUUCGGCGGGAGGAGGCGUACUACCACUUCAUCAACGAGCUGAGCGAGGAGGAGUAUCGGCUCAUGAGAGACAGCAACCUGCUGGGUACACCAGGUGAAGUCACAGCCGAGGAGCUGAGACAGCGUCUGGAUGGAGCAAAGGAGCGUGUGUCCUCACAGCCUCGCCCUGAAUCACGUCCACAGAACAGCGAGGAAGGACAGGAGGGCAGCAGUGCUGCUGCUGAGCCGGGCACCGAGAGCACGAACGGAGACUCUCUGCUGGAGUGGCUGAAUACGUUCCGGCGCACAGGCAACGCCACCCGCAGCGGCCAGAGCGGCAACCAGACGUGGCGUGCCGUCAGCCGCACGAAUCCAAACAGUGGCGAGUUUCGCUUCAGCCUGGAAAUCAACAUCAAUCACGAGCAGCCCGAGCCGGGGGAACACAGCGACACUUCUGACCCCAUUGAACUUCCUGUCCCGCAGAGGGCCUCUGCGUCUAUACGCACUCCCCUGAGGCCCGCGCCCUAUUCCACUCAGCACCCCACCCCUUAUUCUACAACCAGGCCCACUCUGGGGAGGCGGGCUCAGGCACGGCGCACUCGCAGUAGUACUACCCCACCCAUAACCCCGCCUCUGAUCUCGCAGGCGCCGUAUACGAGUUUGAGGAGGAACCUUGCUUUGCCUCAGCCAGCAGCGCUUCCUCCUCCUCCUCCUCCUCCCCCUCCUUCACAGGCCAUGCCCACGUCCCUGCCUCAAGAGCAGGAUAGUACUAACAGCGUGCAGGGUCAAGUACAGACGCAGCCUCCUUCACUUAGUAACGAGGAGGAGCAGGAAGUUAACGACGUUCCGGACUGUCCAGAAGCUGUGUCUCAGGCCAGUGUGCAGGGGGCGGCGGCUAGCCGUGAGGCACGCAGAACUCGUUCACGUGGUCGGGUCCGCCGGAUAGCUGUGUCCCGGUCCUCGCGUCGUAGCCGCUCACCUCUGGAUAGGAACUCCACCCGAAGCUCUAGCCCCACCCCCGGCAACAGUGCCCCUGCAAUAGAGCCUGCUGGAAACACGGCUGCUGCUGCUGCUGCUGCUGCUGCUGCUGCUCUAGUGGAGACGGUGGAAGUUCCCGCUGAGCCGACAGUACCAGUUGAAUCUGCCCCCGAAGCGGGCACUGAGGAAGGCGAGACGCCAGCGUCAGGCACAGCAGGAGGUGUCCGCCGGCACCCGACUAUCAUGUUGGAUUUGCAGGUGCGCAGAAUCCGGCCGGGCGAGAACCGAGACCGGGACAGCAUUGCCAGCCGCACGCGGUCUCGUGCCCGCGCCGCUGAAAAUACGGUCACUUUCGAGAGCGACAGCGGAGGCUUCAGACGGACCAUCUCGCGCUCGGAACGCGCUGGCAUCCGCACCUACGUAAGCACUAUCCGCAUUCCUCUGCGCCGCAUCUCGGAGACGGGUUUGGGCGAGCCGAGUUCCACAGCGCUACGCUCCAUCCUGCGGCAGAUCAUGACCGGCUUCGGAGAGCUCAGCUCUUUAAUGGAGACCGAGGCAGACCCGGAAGGUUCCGCCCCUGGACAGAACGUGGGCAUCAACGCUGCGGCUCAGACACAGCGUGCGCAGGAUGGUGAAGCCACGACAGGGAACGCUGUGACCGAUUCGGGACGAGAGGGUGGAGCAGCGGGUGAGGCAGGCCAGGCGAGGGUGGGUGCCAACGGGCGGGACACGAAUAACCUGGUUGAGAACGGCACCUUGCCCAUCCUGCGGCUGGCGCACUUCUUCUUGCUGAACGACGAGGAGGACGACGAGCACCCGCGCGGCCUCACCAAAGAGCAGAUCGACAAUCUGGCCACGCGCACCUACGGCCAGGCGAGCCUGGAGGGCGAGCAGGGGCGCGCAUGCAGUGUAUGCAUCAACGAGUACGCGCAGGGCAACAAGCUGCGCAGCCUCCCCUGUGCACAUGAGUUCCACAUCCACUGCAUCGACCGCUGGCUCUCGGAGAACAACACGUGCCCCAUCUGUAGGCAGCCCAUUCUGUCCAGCCAUCAGGACUGACUCACUUCCUCCAUCGCUCCUGUACAUAGCGCUUCAGCUGUUCCACCCGUUCCUCCAUCAACUCCCACUCCCACUCUAUUCAGCUGUAGGUAGAACCAAAAGAAGAAACAACACAGAGAAUUAACAAAGCUUUAUUUUUUUAGACCUGUGUGUUUUUGUUUUUUUUUUUUUAGUUUUUUUUUCUUUCUUUCUCCUCCUGUCUGCGUAGUCCCCUCCAUCCUGCGUCAGGGUUCCGUUAACAAAACACGACAGAUAUUAACUGUGACGAAUCAGUGUUAGCAAAAGCUAAUCUUCAGCAUUUCACUUAAUUUCAUGUAAUGGAUUUUAUAGAUUGAUCUGUACAUGCCAGACUCUGAGGAAAUGUAAAUAUACGAAUGCCUGUGUGCUUUUUUUUUGUUUGUUUGUUUGUUUUUUUUUGUUCCUUGUGUUGCGAGAGUUCGACGUUGAGACACAGUAUAGAAACCUGCGUAAGAUGCAUAAGCUCCUCUUGAAAUCAGUUUGAAUUUUAGUUUUACGGCACGCUCUCUUAGCAGAAUGUUCCAAUUUUAAAGCUCUUCACACGUUUAGCACGUUGCCGGUCAGGGCGUGGUGACGGAUCCCUGCUCUGAUUGCAACGAAUUCAUGGUUUUAAGAUUCUAGUAAUUGUAAUGGCGACGAGUCACUUAACACUACAUGAUGUAAUGAUAUGAACUGAAUAUUGUUUUCUCCACAUUUCUGACGCUUCAGCACACAUUAUUUAAUAAUAUUUCGUCCAUCCCAUCGUGUGCAUGUGUCAUUUUUAAAUUUGCAUCCUGUUGGGUUUUUUUUUUUUUUUUUUUUAAAACCUGUGUGAGAAUAUAAUGGCAGAACGCAGGUCAUUAUUUUAAUGAUUGAUCGAUAAUCAGUUCGUUAUUCUUCUUAAAGCACUUCCAGGAGGAGAUUUAGGAUGGGGGGGGGGAUUUUCGCGUCUAACGGGACAAACUUUUUAAAAUAGGUGCAAUGAUAGAAAAAAAAGAGCAGAUGAUUUUAAAUCCCUGUGUUUAAAGUUAUCUUUACGUUUACCCCAAAUGUUGAUGUUUCUCCUUCAGCUCAGCUCGUUACUGACAUUUGAGUUCUUUGACAUUUUUUAUUUCUUUUUUUUUUUUUUUUUUUUUUUUUUUUUUUUAAAGUUACAUGACGUCGUCUUCCAAGUCAUUUUUUUCCCCGUCACCUACUGUUAUAAUGGAUUUUCCCCCGUGUCUUCCCCUGCAGUUUACAGUCAAUAUAACGGGCCUAACAACCAACCGUACUCAGAAUAUCAUCAGAGCACAGAUUAUUAUUAUUAUUAUUAUUAUGAACUGAACACUGCUUAGAAUUCUCUCCAAAGUUUAAUUCUUAAUGAAGGUGAUUUAUGAUAAUGAUGAGCUCAUUAUGGUUCUGUGUUUUCAUCCUCUGUGCAUGAACAGGGUUGUAAUAUAUAUACACACACACACACACACACACACACACACACUGCAGCUUCGUUUCCUUCUGAGCAGAUGAAUCGGUACGCUUCUCAACAAACCUUUACAUUAUGCCUCAAUGUCUCGUUUCAGGGAAACAGUAGGAAAAAAAAAAAAGUGGUUUCCUUGACGUUUUCUUUCCAGAUGUAGUGGGAUAUACUUAUAUUUUGUGUGUAUGUUGCAAAGGAAGUGUGUGCGUGUGUGUGCGCGCGGGUGUGCUAGUGGUUAUUCAUCCGAGCGCGCGACUGGGUCUUUGGCCAUUAAAAAUCCAGAAUGAUUUAUUUAGUUCUUAUUUAAUAAGGUAAGAAAUGACCUUGAGAUAUGAAUAUGUAUUAUGUUCUAAUGUGAUGCUAAAAACAGUUACGGAUAUGUAUUCUGUUACUAUGUAAUAAAACGAGCAAACGAGUUUUCUUUUCUGCUCCUUAAAAUGAAAUAAGGUUUGUUUUGUUGCCUGUAUUAUUGCGCGAAAGUCGUUCUUCUGUAACGAUGGUUUUUAGGAGCUGAUCGGCUCGGACCAUCACCACACCACACCGUGCCGCUGCUGCACUGAGAAUAACACACCACUCAGAUCGUAUCAGCUCAGCAGCGGUGGACCUUUUAUUUGAUGGAUGUAUGGAUAUGGUCACUUAUCCCCCCCCCCCCCCCAAAUAUGAUGCAAUAUACGUUCAGCUACUCAUACGGCAUUCUUCUCUGAAAAAUGAUCAACUGCAUGAUUCUGGAGGUUGACGGUUCUCACUAUACAUCACUUAUAGUUCUAAUAGUUACUAUUUCAUUAUUUAAAGGUGCAAUAGUCAGUAAUAUUAAUAGUGUAAGCCAUUGUCUCAGAACAAGUGUGUUAUGUAGCUGGUUUGGAAACCUACCUUCUGGUCUGGUCUGGGUGUGUUUGUAUUUGGAUUGGCCUCUUGUAUGUCAUUUUGUAAUAACGCCCAUUCACGUCCUCAAAAAUUAUUAAGAGAAGUUGUAUGCUUAUAGAGAUGUAUCUUGGCUUUUCAAUCAGAAGGUCUGAGUGUUCUUGAAAGUCAUGUCAGGACAGUCCUUGCUAAUGGAAGCUCUAGUUUUACCAACAAAUCAUACGUUUUUGGGGGCGGAGCUUUGUGUACAUGGGUGAGUUAAAAAAAAUCAUUCAAAUCAUAUUAAACUCCACCCAUUUAACUAUUAGAGCCCUCCCACACACGAUUGUUAUUUAAAUGCACCUUUAAUGCCUGUUCAAUAAAUUAAAUAGUAUUCUAAUCAUCAAACUACAGUUCUAAAAGAGCUGGGAAAAGUCUGCGUCUGUUGGUGGAAGGUCCAGCAUAUUAAAAAACAUCUUUAUUAGUACCAAUAAAUAAAUACAAUCAUACACACUCUUAUAAAAAGGGGUACUAAACAUUACCUUUCCAUGUCAGUGGAGUUGUAUCAUCAUUUUGUACCUUCAGUAUGUAUCUUUAAUCUAGAAAGAUGCAUAGUGUACAUUUUUAAAAACUUUAAUGUAAGCUUAUUACGGUCCAUGUAUGUACUUUAAUCAUUUAAGGCAAAG